UCAAAAAUUCAUAUUUCAGUAAAAGUCUACAGUGUAGAGCCGUGGUGACAUGCGCAGUCACCGAAACUCUCAGCUCAGAUUUUGGGCACUUUGGGUACCUGUGAUCUGAGGGGACUGUGGCGCCCCGGCGUGCAGGGGGUGUGUCUUUGGGCGGGGACGUUCCCACCCCGCGGUUUUCUCCCCCUUUAUAAGUGGAGGCAAACUUUAACGGAGAGAUACACGCAACAUCGCAGGUUGCCUGUGAGUUUUCAACUCCGUCCGUCUGGAAAUAGCCAUCAAGCCAGGAGCACGGGGGGACACGGUCGGCGUUUGGUUGUGGAGAGAUAGUCUUAUUUGUUCCGGCCGAGGACAAAACCCGAGCUCAAAAUGCCCCGAUCUUUUCUCGUCAAGAAGUAUUUCUCCAACAAGAAGCCUUACUACAGAGAAAGCCAGCUGGAAAGUCAAACAGCUUUUGUCCCAGAAAGCUUUCCACUGGCCGAACUCCCAACACAAAACAACGCGUCUGCGCUCACUUGCCAUCCCAGCAGCCCCUUCUUCACCAGCUCUGAUGCCCUGCCUGCUCCCCUCUCCCCAAUCACCCCGGCGUCCCUGCCUCCCUCUCCGUCCUCUUUUUCCGGCGGAGAGGAAGAAGAGGACGGCGGCCGCACCUCGGAUCCCCCCAGCCCGGAGGUCAUCCAAAACAUCUUCCACUGUCUACACUGCAGCAAGAGCUACGGCAGCCUCUCUGCACUCUCGCAUCAUCAGCUGUCCAGCCACCAGCUCCCUCCAAGCGGUCCGUUACUGCAGACUGCUUCCGUUCCCUCAGAGGGAUCCCCGCGCCCAGCUUUCCACUGCAAACACUGCUCCAAGGAGUACACCAGCCUGGGGGCCCUGAAGAUGCACAUCCGCUCACACACUCUUCCCUGCGUGUGCCCCACUUGCGGCAAAGCCUUCUCCAGGCCCUGGCUGCUCAGAGGACACAUCCGCACGCACACAGGUGAGCGCCCCUUCGCUUGUCAACACUGCAGCCGGGCCUUCGCCGACCGCUCCAACCUGCGCGCCCACCUGCAGACCCACUCUGAGGUGAAGAAGUACCAGUGCGGCUCCUGCUCCCGGACCUUCAGCCGCAUGUCCCUGCUGCAUAAACACAACUCCUCUGGGUGUUGUCCCUCAUCGUAGACCGCCUUGAAGAAGACACAGCUGGAGCUCCCCUUUGGGUCGUGCUAGGAGCCAGCGCCCACAUCGAUUCCUGUUUUUUUUUUUUUUUAAUAAGUGCCUUAACUUCAUGAUUGCCAAAUAUGAAACCACACUAUUGUUUGCUGCGUGCUUUUGGAACUCUGUGGCAGCUGAAGGCGUAGUUAAUUCCCAGGAAACUUCGCUGGUGCCGGCCGGUCCGGGACCGCGGCCAUGUUGCAGCUGCCUUGGGGUGUGUUUGUGCGUACGCGAGGAUGUCAUUCCUCACCAUGCUAUACAUGCAUUAUGUGUGGGUGUUGAGACAGCUGUCUGUGCAUGGUGCACCGUGGAGGCAGGGCGCUGAGAGACGCGCUAACUGCAACCUCAACGACAGGUGACACAAGCAAGACAACAUUUGCCCCCUCCUCGCUGCACAACCACACCAGGAUAUAAAAGCUCACUUGAGCCUGACCAAAAACUGUUUUUAAAACUAUUUGGAUGUGCGGCUUUUUUUUUUUUCCUUUUUUUCUUUUUUUUUUUAAACAUUUGAUUGAAGAUGACUUUCAAUAGAUGUAUUUUGCAAACUUGUGUAUUUGCAAAGUGGUGACAUGCGGCACAUGAUCUAUGGUUUUUGUAAAUAAAAGGAUUUCUAACAAACUCA